CCACCAGGUGGAGUAUAUUCCACCCCGUCUACUGUGAGAGAAACAUAUCCGACAAAAACGCUCUUCGGGAAGCUAUAAUACUUGUCAUAUUUCGCAAUAUCACGGGUAUGAUAUAGACCUUUCGACGGAUAGAUAAGUUAUCCGAGAACAAUUGGAGUUAAUUCCACGACAAUUCUUUCAAGAAAACAAUUAUAGUCUUGUGAUCGACAUAAUACUUCGCAGCCUGCGUUCCAAUGCAGAUCAGAAUAUAGUUUUCUAUAUCUUCAACAAAUUUGGACUCGCUUCAAAAUCACCAUGGGUUGCAAUAGUUCAAAGUCAACUCAAGUCAUGGAACUUGGUCCUGAUGGAGAGGUCGUCAGUCGAAAAUCGUCUGCGUCGUCGAAACGGGGCAGGAGUGCCGGCAAGACCGUCCGCGAUGUCAACGAAAACGCAAACGACGUCGAGGUUCUAAAUGAUAAGCUGGGAUCGACGGGCUCGUUGGGAAGUCAAUUGGAUACUAAAUCCCAAGAUCGUUUGGUUUCAUCGGCGACGAGCAAGAUCUCGAGAAGGACAAUGGACAGUGGAUUGGAGGCUGACUACGGAAAUGUGAUCACUGAAUAUUCACAUCCAAACAUGAUUGAUGACAGGCCUGAAACACCAGACCUGUUUGUCACUGGGAUGAAAUGCGAAUCAAGGAAGAGCAGUGGUAACACAAAGGCUCGCAACGCUCAGACGACGGAGCAGAUCUUGGGUGAACUCAAGUCUCAGGGGAUCAUCAGCACUUCUUCAACAGCUCCACAGAUCGCACCAAAGAAAGGCGGUACAUCCUUCGAUGUCAUGAUCGCUAUCGACUUCGACGAGCUGAAGAAACCUCCUCCCAGGCUUGCCAAGCUGAAGAAGAAGAAGAAGAAGUCCAAGAAGCUGACCAAAGAGGAGGUCGACGCCAAGCUGAAGGCCGCCGAGGAGAGGCGAGAGGCUAAACGCAGUAAGCUCCGGGCCAAGUUGGACACCAUGAAGAAGGAGGCCGAGGUGCACCAGAACAGCGAGGCGCAGGAGGAGGCGCAGAAGAAGCAAGUGGCUGAGAAGGUCAAUGAAAGUCUAGAUCAGGCGGCAAAGAAUCGUGAGGCUAAGUUCAAGGCCAUGAGGGAAAAGCUAGAGCAGAAGAAGCGGCAUGCGGAGAAGGUCAGGCAAGCCAAACUGGCCAGGAUGGCUGAAAAAGAACAGAAUGGUGACGGCGAAGAAGCAGGACAGAAAAAUGAAGAAGAGGUGUCUGCUGUUUGAAAGGACAGUCGAUACACCACCUGUAUUCCUUGAUACCUCCUCGAGAUGCAUGAGCAGUCGGGUCAAAGCCAUAACGCAAUAUUAUAAACGCUGCCAAUUCUGUGCCAUUGGUUUGUUGACUGUAACCCGAUGGCCUUAUGCAUCUGUUAUAUGAGAUGAUGCCCGUCUAUUCGUCAAAGAUAACUUGUUGAAAGAUCAAUGGACGAUGUCCAUGGCAAGGGCAAUUUGGUGCUUAUCAAUACAUGAACAUUGAAAUAUCAUGUCGAUAGGUUGACGGUUAAAAUUAUUUUGACGGCAUGCUUAGCACAUCUCGUGAAAAAAAGUAAAUUUGAAUUUCUAUCGUAUUACUAUUUUAUAAGAGAUGAUAUUUAGAUUGCCAAAAGACGCAGGCCUAAAUAUCAUACGAAGUUGAUACAGUUCAAAUUCCGUCCGCGAUAACUAAUUCAGGUAUUACAAUUGAUAAAUGUUUUCCAGACAAAUCCGUCCAUUUUCUGGUAGACUUAUUUUAUGUCAUAUACAGAGCAGGGCUCUAAUAUAGAUUCGUGACACUGGAUGUCAAUAUUUUAAUGAAUUAUUUUUGCUUUGUACUUUUUUCGUUAUUGUUUAAUAUUAUGAUUAUUACUCCUGGUGAUGAGUGCAUACGUUAUAAUGGCAUAUAAUAAUUUUUUGCUAAGAAGAAUUCCCCUCAUAUACUAUUUCACAAAAUGUACUUCACAAAAUGUACUUCCUUUACAAGGCGAUUGAUUUAUAAGAAUUCAGAGUAUAUUUCUAAUUUUCAGUAUGAGUUACCAGAGUAACAUGGGACUAUAUUUAAUUUUCAUCAAAUUCUUAUAAAUAUCAAUAUACCAGGAUAAUGAUGGGAAUUGCCUAUUGCUGCAUUCUACAAAAAAAUUGUUUACAUAUUCAUUGUUUAAAUGCCUUUAUAAUUAUGUCAUUUUACUUAUGUUUGAAACAUGCUAUUUAUAUGUUGUCGUUCAUAAUGAUUCAUUGUGCUGAAGAUUUGAUAUUCACUGUGUGAAUGAAAUAAAUGAACAAAAAUAUCA